GACAGCUGAAGCUUCAUACAGCAGGUCGUCUGAUUUUUUAAGUCUUGGUCGUCUUUGGUUUGUUUUUAACGAAGCUGUCCUAUGGAAGGAAUUGAAACGUCUGACGGAGAUUCUGUGCUGCAGUCCCUGGGACUGUGCAAGCUCUGUUUCCUUCGAUAUACUGGUGUGAGAAAGACGCAGGAAUACUGUACAAUUAAUGAAUCCGAAGCCGAUGAGCCGCCCACGAAAUACAGAAAAGAAGACACCUGUGUUGCCUGUCUUGGCCUUUUGCAGCACUUGACAAAAGAUUCUGAGAUCAAACACAUAGUUGAAGACCUCUCCAAAGCCAAUUACGAUUCGCCGGUGAUCACCUGUGCUGUGUCCCUGCCCAUCGCGUUGCAGAUCAGAGCCCAUUCCAUUGAACUAUUUCUCAGCGAGAAACUAGCAUCCUUUGAACGCGUCAAGGUGGUGCCGAUAAAGGAAGCAUGGAAAUGGGCCUGCUCACAAAGGAUCGCCUCCGCCGUCAACAAAGAGUCUUGCAGCGGAGCCACCUGCGACUUUCUGGUCAACAUCAACGUCGAGUACUCCCAAGACCUAAAGGAAUGCUCCGCUCUGGAGCAGGUGCACUCGCUCAAGUUUGAAGAGAGGAGAAAGCAAAAAAGAAAAUUCCACGGGCAGUUGUUCACAAGGCAAGGCGUUGAGGGGAUGCUGAAUAGCACCACCAAGGAGGAGUUUGUCGCCAAAUUCGACUACCCACCAACUGCACCGGCCGAGCCUGCCUUCUACAACGGAGUGCAGUGCUCGCACAAUGCCAUCUUCAUUGCCGGCCGAUACAACAAAUUCAGCCGAUAUCUGAGCCAAACACCGUGGCUUGUUGAGGGAGAAAGGCGCAUGGAAGGAUCAGUGCAAGAGCUCGUUAGCAAAGUUCUGGAGGAGCACUGCACAUCUAAAAACAGCAAAUUUGUCGCCUCGGGCCGAGAAGAUGUUGACGUGCGAACGCUUGGACGAGGAAGGCCGUUUGCAGUGGAGCUGCCAGAUCCUCACAAAACAUUUUUUGACCCUAGUGAGCUGGUGAUGAUGCAGAAGCUAAUAAAUGAGGGAGCAAGAGGAUUGAUCCAUGUGCGAGACUUGCAGCGAAUCCACAAAGAUGAGCUUGUUCAUUUGAAGAUGGGAGAGGAGAGCAAAAGCAAGUCAUAUGAGGCUUAUUGUGUUUGCUUGGAAGGAGAAUUGCUUGAUGAAAAGCUGGACGCCCUGUCUAACAUAAAGAACUUAGUUUUGGAGCAGAAAACACCAAUCCGAGUUUUACACAGGCGGCCCCUGGCUACGAGAAACAGGACUGUGCUCCAAAUGAGCGCUACUAGAGUUGAUGACAAGUUCUUCAAACUGUGCCUCGAGACGCAAGCUGGCACAUACGUCAAAGAAUUUGUGCAUGGAGACUUUGGCAGGACCAAUCCCAACAUGUGCACUCUUUUGGGAGUGUCUGUUGAUAUCUUGGCCCUUGAUGUUAAGCAAGUGUUCCUAGACUGGCCCAAGUACAUCAUCCCAACUGACUCGGAUUCUGUGCCAGUUUGCUAGUUUAGUUUUAAUAUCAGUUUUAUUUUGUAUGCUAAUAAAUAUAACUUUUUAUAAAAUCAA